AUGACGUUUUUCACGGAUUCAGUUCCUACAAUGAAGUACGCCAACCUACCUGGUUCAGUUUCAUUAAAAUUAAAUAGGAAAAUAAUUCGAAGUGCCAACCACAGCAACAACAACAACAACAGCAAGAAAAAUUCAGAGAAUCUCAAAAGAUUCGACGAUUCAUCCGAUCCGAGCGAAUUAUCCAGCGAUUCGGGACUCGGUUUAGAUCAUCAAUCCGAAGUACAAUUAGCAACGAGAAGUAGUUUGCCAUAUUCAACAAACAACAACAACAACAACAACAACAACAACCUUAAUAACAUUAAUAAUAAUAAUAUAAAUAUAAAUAAUAAAAGUUUGUGGUCCGGUUUCGGAGAGCCCGACGCGAAAAGGAAAAAAUACUACAAUAAUACGGAAAUCGAACCGGACGACAUUAAUGACGAAUUUUGUUUUCCCGAUAUUCUAAGGCCGAAAAGUGAAAACGAUUCGGGUGACGAUUAUACGAAGGGUAAAUUAUUAUUAAGUAUGCCUGGAAGAGGGAGAGGACACCCGGGAACUUCAGUGACAUUAGCAACGCCUUUAAGCACAACGAGCAGAGAUGGUAAAACCCAAUUGAUAAUCGUUUGUCAACCCGAACAACAGCACAGGGCGAGGUAUCAAACGGAAGGAAGUAGGGGAGCGGUAAAAGAUCGAACGGGAAACGGUUUCCCAGUCGUAAAAUUGGCAGGUUACAACAAGCCGACAACAUUACAAAUAUUCAUAGGUACAGACGUGGGACGAGUAACGCCUCACAUGUUUUAUCAAGCUUGCAGAGUUUCUGGAAAAAAUUCAACUCCAUGCGUCGAAAGGAAAAUCGACGGGACCGUCGUCAUCGAAGUUGAUUUAGAUCCAUCCAAAGAUAUGGUAAUCACAUGCGAUUGCGUUGGAAUAUUGAAAGAGAGAAACGUGGAUGUCGAACACAGAUUUCCAGAUCAAACCGGAACUCGAAAUAAGAAAAAAUCAACGAGGUGUCGAAUGGUUUUCAGGACGACAAUAACAAACACUGAAGGUUUAACGGAAGUACUGCAAGUUUGUUCGCAGCCCAUUGUUUGCACUCAACCUCCCGGUGUUCCAGAAAUCUGUAAGAAAUCUCUGACGUCAUGUCCGGUUACCGGAGGAGCCGAAUUGUUCAUAUUGGGAAAAAAUUUUUUAAAAGACACGAAAGUUAUUUUUCAACAAGCGGAAGUUCAUCCCCCGUGGGAAGAAACCGUUUUGCCCGACAAGGAAUUUUUACAACAGACACAUUUGAUUUGCGUCGUUCCCCCUUACAGGACUCCAGACAUUAUGGAUCCCGUCACGGUGAAAAUAUUCAUAACGUCCAGCGGUAAAGCAAGCGAUCCUCACACGUUUAUUUACCUUCCAGCGGGCAGUCCGAUCGUUCCGUGUAAUCCUACUAAUUUGUCAAGAAAUGCUUCUACUGAGUUAAUAGUUAGUGUUCAAACGUUUAUUCCAUAA